GUUAAAACAGUUUUUUUUCAUUCAUUCAUUCGAAAAAUUGUAUUGACAUUUUAAUAUUUUUUUAAAUAAAUAUUUUCAAUCAAAUUCAUCAAAUUACUAAAAAAUGGCUGCCGAAGUUUCAAGAGAACGUGCUAUACAAGAUUAUCGAAAGAAAAUCAAUGAACAUCGACAGAUUGAAGUACGAUUAAAAGAUGUUCGUGAUCAGCUAAAAGAAUCGAAUAAACAAUAUGAGAAAAGUGAAAAUGAUUUGAAAGCUUUGCAAUCGGUCGGACAAAUAGUUGGCGAAGUAUUGAAGCAGCUAACCGAGGAUAAUUUUAUUGUGAAAGCAACAAAUGGUCCACGUUAUGUUGUCGGUUGUCGACGACAAUUGGAUAAAGCACGAUUAAAACCUGGCACUCGUGUUGCUUUGGAUAUAACAACAUUGACUAUUCUUCGUUGGUUACCUCGCGAAGUCGAUCCAUUGGUUUACAAUAUGUCGCAUGAAGAUCCCGGCGAUGUUACCUAUGGUUCGAUUGGUGGUUUAGCUGAACAGAUUCGUGAAUUACGCGAAGUUAUUGAAUUGCCUUUAAUGAAUCCAGAAUUGUUUCAACGAAUCGGUAUUACACCACCAAAAGGUUGUCUUCUAUACGGACCACCUGGAACAGGGAAAACUUUAUUGGCACGAGCUGUUGCAUCACAAUUGGAAGCUAAUUUCUUAAAAGUUGUAUCAUCAGCCAUCGUAGACAAAUAUAUCGGUGAAUCUGCCCGUUUAAUUCGUGAAAUGUUCAAUUAUGCUCGUGAUCAUCAACCAUGUGUAAUUUUUAUGGAUGAAAUCGAUGCUAUUGGUGGCCGUCGUUUUAGUGAAGGUACAUCGGCUGAUCGUGAAAUUCAACGAACUUUGAUGGAAUUAUUAAAUCAAAUGGAUGGCUUUGAUGCAUUAGGAAAAGUUAAAAUAAUAAUGGCCACUAAUCGUCCGGAUACACUUGAUCCAGCUUUAUUACGACCAGGUCGACUUGAUCGAAAAAUUGAAAUCUCUUUACCCAAUGAACAAGGUCGUUUAGAAAUAUUGAAAAUUCAUUCGUUAAAAAUUGCCAAACAAGGUGAUAUUGAUUGGGAAGCUGUCAUUAAACUUAGCGAUGGUUUCAAUGGUGCCGAUCUUCGUAAUGUAUGUACCGAAGCCGGUUUGUUUGCCAUUCGAAAGGAACGUGAUUAUUGUAUUGAAGAAGAUUUUAUGAAAGCAGUUCGUAAGAUUGCCGAUAAUAAGAAAUUGGAAACUAAACUUGAUUAUAAACCUGUAUAAGAAAAUUUUGUAUUUUUUUCAUUUUAAUCAUUAUUAUUAAAAGAUUUGUAUUCAAAUUCAAA